CUGCCCUUCCACCCGAUCUCUUCAGUGUAUAUCUCUCUCACCAGCAGAUGAGCAACUACUUGGAUCUAUUAGCCAAAAAAUAUCCACCUUUAGUCCAUGUUCAAGUCUUUGGUACCAGUUUUGAGAAACGGCGACUUGACAUGGUCAAAAUAUCAACUGAGAAAAGUGGUGUUGAAAAGCCGAUCAUACUAAUAGAUGCUGGUAUUCAUGCCAGAGAAUGGAUUGCCCCAGCAAUGGCAUUAUUUAUUAUCAACCAGCUUGCUGAAAAUGAAACUAAUAAAUAUCUCACUGAAGAAAUUGAGUGGCACAUCUGUCCACUUCUCAAUCCUGAUGGCUAUGAAUAUUCACGGAAAAAAGACAUGUGGUGGCGAAAGACACGAUCACAUACAAGAAACAAACAUUGUCGCGGUGUUGAUGGAAACAGAAAUUUUGAUUUCCAUUGGAAUGAAUGUGGUGCUAGCAGUGAUCCAUGCUCAGGCUGUUAUGCAGGAGAAAAGCCCUUCUCUGAAGUGGAAACACAGGCAUUUAGGGCUUAUGUCAUGUCCAUUAGAGAUCGCCUGAAACUCUACCUUACAUUUCAUAGCUAUGGGCCUUUUAUCCUUUAUCCAUGGGGAUUCACAAAAAACUUACCACAUAAUGCUGAUGAGUUGCAAGCAAUUGCAGAAAGUGCAAAUUUAGCUCAGAUGAAAGCUGGUGGCCCGAGGUUUGUGAUUGGUUCUUCAGAAAAUACUUUAUAUUGUGCAGCUGGUGGCAGUGAUGAUUGGGUAAUGGCCACAGCAAAUGUUUCUCUUUCUUACACUGUAGAAAUGACUCCUGGUCGUAGAAUACCUUUUUUUCCACUACCUAAGGAUAUACGAAAACAUGUCACUCCAUUCUUUGAAGCAGUGCGGGCAUUUGGACAUCAUAUUGGAGGAUAUAAGCCUUAUGAGCAUAGUGGAUCAUUUGACAAAGGUCACACUAAUUCUGCUCAGGAUACUAAUAGGAAUCUUCUAAAGAGCAGAAGUUAUAUAUGUACAGGAUGCCUACUGACUACAGAAUUCAUAUUACAGUGCACCUUUGUAACAGUGGCUAACUGGAAUAUGGCACAACCACCUGGGAGCUUAUUUAGAUAUAUUAUUCAACUAUGUUUAGUUUAUGCAGUGUGUAAUAUUUGAUUCUGUUUCACCAAAUUAAGACGAUCCUUUUAUUGCAUGGUGU